AUGCAACUCAUCGCUGCUCUCGCGGCCUUGGGCGCCCUGGUGGCCCCGGCUGUUGCCUACCCAAGAGCUCCCAUGAAUGAGACUCUCCUCGACGUCCAGCUUACCGCCACUGGAAACUCCAUGGUCAAAGCCACCAUCACAAACGUCGGUGAUAGCGCGUUGAACCUCCUGAACUUGAACACCAUCAUGGACCAGAACCCAACCCGCAAGGUCAUGGUCCACAAGAACGGUGCUGAGGUUCAAUUCACCGGAAUGAUGCCACAUUACCUCAUGUCCGGCCUUACUGAGGAGUUUUUUACCACCCUUGCCCCCAAGGCUAGCGUUGAGCACUCCUUCGAUCUUGCUGCCACCCACGACCUCAGUGCCGGUGGAAAGUACCUCAUUACGGCUAGCGGCGCUAUCCCCGUUGCUGAAGAACAUAGCACUACCCUUACCUCUAUGGCUCUGUACGAGUCCAACGAGCUCUACAUGAACAUUGAUGGCAAGCAGGCCGCCGCCGUCGAGCAGGCCAUGAACUUCACCCCCGAGAUGCAGUCUAUUCACUCUAGAGCCCUAGAGAAACGCACCAAGAUUGUCGCAGGCUCAUGCAAGGGUAACCAACUCCGUAGCACCCAGGUCGCUCUUCAGAACUCCGCCCGCCUCGCACAGGCAGCCUCCAAAGCCGCUCAGGGAAACGCCAAGAAAUUCCAGGAGUACUUCCGCACCAACGAUGGCGCCGCUAAGCAGAAGGUCAUUGCCCGCCUCAACUCAGUGGCCCGCGAGUCUAGCUCUACCAACGCUGGUGGUACCACAUACUACUGCUCCGACACCAUGAACGGAUGCAAGCCACGGACUCUUGCUUAUACCCUCCCCUCCCGUAACUUGGUUGUUAACUGCCCAAUCUACUACAACCUACCACCACUCACGAAGCAGUGCCAUGCUCAGGACCAGGCUACGACGACUCUCCAUGAGUUCACCCACAACCCGGCCGUUGCUAGCCCUCAUUGUCAGGAUUACGCAUAUGGUUAUCAGCAGUGUACUGGCCUUUCCGCUGAUAAGGCUGUUCAAAACGCCGACAACUACGCCCUCUUUGCCAACGCUAUCUACGUCGGUUGCUAA